AUGACCCUCGAGGCCACCCGCGCAGGGGUCGCAAAAGAAGCAAGCCCGGUGAUUCAGGAUCUGGAAGCCACCGAUCCCUUGCUGCCGCAGAACUGGUCGAAGACACGGAAAUGGCUUAUUCUGAUUGCUCUGUCCCUGAUGUCCCUGAUGGUGAACAUGUCGCUGGUCAUCUGCUCACCAGCCAGCACUGCAAUGGCCCAAGAGUUCAAUAAUUACGACGAAUUCCUGUCAGUGUUCUUCAUUACCGUGCCUAAUCUCGGAGAAAUCAUCGCUCCCCUCUACAUUGGCCCGCUGUCUGAGAGACUGGGGCGCGCGCCCAUCUGUCAUUUCUUCAACUUCACCUUCCUCAUCUUCACGAUGAUUGCGGGCUUCAGUAACAGCUUCGCUAUGGUCAUCGUGUUCAGGUUCCUCGCAGGGGCAUCGGUCUCGUCGAUUUGCCUGAACCCAGCGAUCACAGGCGAUUUGUUCACCAUAGAAGAGCGGGGAUCCGCCAUGUCGCUGACCAGUCUGAUUCCCAUCCUCGGCACUGCCGUGGGCCCCAUUGUGGGCGGCUAUAUUACACAGUACCUCAAUUGGCGCUGGACUUUCUGGCUGAUGGCGAUUGUCAGCGCCACUCUCGCGAUCAACAUGGCCGUCGUCCUCAAGGAAACCUACGUGCCCGUGAUCCGCCGCAAGGUACGCUGUGACCGGGCAGCAGCAGCAGCAGCAGUCACUCCGCGACAAACGUACUUUCAAGGGUGGGGCAUGACAACGGUCAAGGCGCUGGCCCUCCUCGCGGUACGCCCAUUUGUCAUACUGAGCCAGUCUCGAAUCGCCGUGCUGAUGGGACUGUACCUGGCCCUCCUCUUUGCCUACAUUUCGCUCCUCGCGGCGACGCUAGCCACCGUCUUUCAAGAAGCCUACGGCUUCUCGGAAAGCCAGUCGGGUCUGAUCUACAUCGCUAUGACGAUCGGCACCCUGAGCGGUGCAAUCAUGUGCCGCUUUACACUCGACUACUUUCUCCUCCGCGGGUUUUCCUUCAAACAGCCAGAUCAAGCAGUUCCCCCGCGCCCUGAAAAUCGCCUGAUCCCUAUCCUCCCGGCGAUGGUGGCCUUCCCCGUCGGCCUGUUCCUGUACGGAUGGUCGGUGGAGAAGCGGCUGCAUUGGACAGUCCCGGCCUUGGCAACGCUGCUGUGUGGAUUCUCCCUUUCCAGCAGCACCACUCCAAUCAUGAAUUACCUUGUGGAUAUCUUUGGUGAUCGCUCGGCGUCGGCUGUGGCCGCCGUGCUGCCCCUCCGCUAUGUAGGCGGCGCCUUCAUGCCGGUGGCGGCCCCGUAUAUGUACGGCCGGCUAGGGUAUGGCUGGGGCAACUCCCUGUUGGGCUUUGUGCUUCUUGUUGCGUUGCCCGCGCCUUACCUGGUGGUUGUCCACCCGCAGCGGAUGCGGGCGCUGACGGCUGUCAGAGAGGGUUGA